UCACCGAGCGUCAACAACCAUCCUCUAGCCUCUCUCUCUCUCUCGUUUGUGUAUCCCGAUAUUGAGAGAUACGCAUGUUCUAACGUAACCAAUCAUAGAGACAUUAUCAAAGUUGUUAUAAACAUCUCUCAGCCAUAAAGAGAUAUUUCAAGACUUCAUCAUCAGGGAGCGAAGCGUCGAGGUCACACUCUCUGGCUGAACACUUCCAGCGCGACCAAAACGUUCCUGCCUCACUCACAGCUGAUCCUCACACACGUUCCAGCUUUUACAGACUUUCGAAAAGGAACGCAUCUCGCCACACAUACAGAAAUACGCUCACAAAGAGGCGUCCAACAUAAACAGACAUGGACGGGUCUAGCUACGAACAUCUGAGAGCGUCCUUCACACUGGAGGAGCCGCUCUUCAGUGGGGACGCCAGUAUAGACAGCCUCUGUCAGACGUACUUGGGAAAUUUGGACUCCUUCUCCUCUGGUCCGGAUGCCUACAGCAACUCUCUGGAGCCCCCCAGCCUCAGCCUGGACUACUACGGCAGUUCCCUGGACAUCAACAAUCUCAGUUUGGACUCACACAGCCCCAGAUUGGACUCUCUCAGCCCCAGAAUGGGCUCCUACAGCCCCAGACCGGACUCCCACAACAAUUCCGGUCUUCUGGAGGAAAUUGAAGCUUUCUCGAAGAUGGAUAUUAGAGACUGGAGAGGCGAGGACUGCCUCGACUGGGCAGGGAGUGUGUGUCGCCGGCGUGGUGUCGACCAGUCCACCUUAGACCUGUGGUCCUUCAAGGGGACGUGUGGAGCCCACCUGCUGCAGUACUCGUGCCAGGACUUCUGUUACCUUGUUGGGGGCAUCUACGGGCCCCUCUUUUACCAGGAGUUUAUACAGCUUCUACAGGAAUGUCAGAGUGGUAACAAUUCCUCGUCUUCCGCCACCACCAAGUUACACCACCGAGCGACACCCCCCAAGGCUACCUCGCCCUUACCCUACCCAAGUCCUGACCUCUCCAACGACAUCUCCCUUGGCUCUGACCACUGGGACCUGACCUCAGAGGACAUUAAGGAUCUCGACAGAUAUAUUCAGGACCCCAACGCUGCUCCUGCUGACUCUUACACGGCCGAUGGUCUGCAGGGCAUGGACUUUCUUGAGCAGUCUGUCCCUAUACAAUAUGAGAGCCUCGAGACAACGCCCGAGUCCGUCGCCAUGGUGUCAGCUGGCAAGGAUUCCACUACUCCUCUGCCCUCUAGUGAUCCCCUCCAGAAGAUCCGCCCUGACGCUAAGAAGAGAGAACGAGGACCUAAGAACUGGGAAUUCGUAAUACGACUUCUUGCCGACCCCCAGACCAACCCAUCCCUGAUACGGUGGGAGGAACAGACCCAAGGCACUUUCCGCCUCGUACAACCAGCUGUUAUUGCUCGUAUGUGGGGCCAGAGAGCGGACAGACCUAACCUAUCUUAUGACAACUUCGCCCGUGGGUUAAGGUACCACUACACCACAGGGGCCCUCCAACCGGUGUCCGAGAAGCAGUUGGUGUACCGCUGUGGUCCCAAGGCUCUCAAAUAUCUGAUUGAUCUCAGGAAACAGGGAUCACCGUAGAGAUUGAUCGUCACUCCUCGUCACUGGGAGGCUUAUCGUCACUCAUCGUCACUCCUCGUCACUGGGGAGUUAAUACAGGCGGUCAUGAGAAAUCAUCGUCACUCCUCGUCGACAGCCAUCGUUAACCACGUCUUCUAUCAUCAACAUCCGCUUCAGUACUCCUGAACGCCAUCCACCUUCACCCAAUAUCCUCACCGACAUCCAUCAUCACCCGAACAGUCCUCACCGACAUCCAUCAUCACCCGAACAGUCCUCACCGACAUCCAUCAUCACCCGAACAGUCCUCACCGA